AUGAAUCCAGCUCAUACUCCUCUUGAAGUUCUUCUCCUCGGAAAUUCAUCGAUUUCCAACAGCACUACAACCACUCCUCCUCUCAACACGCCACACAGCAAUCCAACCUACCAAAAUGUGUUGCAGUGCUUGUCCUUGUUGUAUCCUUCCUCCUCGAGCUGUAACACUUCCAACAAUGUCAACCAAACAACUGCAACGACGUCAUUCCCCAAUAAUAACAACAACAAUAACUAUUCCAUACCACCAGUCAACAGCAACACAUCCACUUCUUCUUCUAAAACACCACAAUACACGAAUUUGGGUUCAGAUUUUUCCAAUUUAACAACUUCUUUCCAUUUUCCAAAUUCGUACACAAACCCCUCUUCUGUUCUCUCUCAUGAGUUGGUGACUAGUUUUGAUUCUCUCAGUCAUCAAAUUGUUGUACCCAAUAAUUCAUGCAUGAAUACAUCAACAUCUUCUGUCACUAUUGAAGAAGAAGUGAUUGAUGAAGACGGCACAAAGAGUUUUAGAAAACGAAAAACCUCUCCACUCAGUUUCGAAACUCAAUCUCUCUACGUCAAAACAGAAGGUCUCAAACAAUCCAAAAGUGUCAACAAGUUUAAGAGAGUAAAACUCUGUGACAAUGAUGAAUUAGAGAACGAAGAUAAAGAUGUAUCGAAAGAGCUCGAUCUUGCAGAGAACCAAUCUUCCAAUGAUCCAUUCAAUAGCUUCUUUGUCCUGCUCAAAAAUCAUUUAAAUUUUUGUGAACGAAUGAAUAAGAAUCUACUAAGAAGUACUGUUGUAUUUGAUUACACCCAUUCCACUUCGUUAUGCAAUGCUUCCAAUGUUGUCAGGGACAUGAAUUCCAUGUCUCCUCCAACCGAUUCUGACCUCACAUAUCCCUCAUCAGACUCUAUUCCUUUAGAAAAGUUGUGCUUAUUGUAUAGCAUGUAUUUGCACAUGUGUCAGAGAAAAGGUUUAACCUCAGAAGCAAAAAUCGCCUAUGAAAAAACAAGAGCGUUGCUCAAACAAGUAUUUGACAGAUACGACAAUUACCAUGUUGCCUUUACUUAUUGUAUUCUUUCGAUCUAUCAUUCAAGCGAGGGAGACGAUGAGACUGGCAAGUUUUAUUUGGACUUGGUUGACCAUUAUUUUACCUCUCAAAAUAAGAAUACAAGUGGAAAGACCACAAAUUCAUCAGUAAGCUCUCACGAGCAAGAAAUGAAUAAGCUCAUUCAAUAUUGGAUUCCAACAUCUGAGCUGGACAGAGAUUUCUUUUUGGGAAAAUUUAAACUUGCUGCUGAUAUCACCAAUGAGGCAGGUAAAUUAAGACGCUCAGUUGAACUGAGAAGGUUAAUCAAAAAGUAUUACAUUUAUGGAACAAACCAACCACAAGUCACUCAUCCAGAAUUCAAAAAUCUUCUAGAACAGAAGAUUGAUGGAACAACCUUUGAAGGUUUCUUGAAAAUGGUUGACUUUACACUGGAAAUGGCUACACUUUCCAGCAAAUCCUAUAACUUGGAUGUUGAACAACAAUUCAUUCUAAUCCAUGGAGGUAAAGGCUACAAACACACAGCAUAUGCGAUGAUUUUGCUAGAGUAUUUGGAUUUUCUGUCCAAACACGACUCAUCGUUUGAUAGUAGUUCCACAAUAACUCUCUCCUCUAUUAACAAUCAAGAUCCAAAUGUCAACAAUGUACUUUCAAGACUUUACAUAGAGGUUGACGCUUUUAUGAAAAUUAGUUAUGAAGAACCUGAAGCUUUGGGAGCCAUUAUUCCAGCGUAUUUUUCUUGCUUUUCCAUUGCUUGCCAACUUGAUUUGAACGGCCGUGACAUGACCCAAACAGAACAGCUUUCCAAAAUAUCAAGAGACCUUCAUGUCAUGCAGUACAUGUCGAAAAGAUAUAAGAAGGUUAAAAUUUUGUAUUCUUCUCUUAUGGAUGCUCUUGCUCUCAAAAAGGAAGAGCUUACAAAAGAAAUAAAUUCCUCGUCUUAG